UUGUGCUACAAAAUAUAUCGGUUCAUUUACAUCGUAGUAGGUUUUUCCCGUUAUUAAUACCUGAAAUACCAGAUUUAGAAUCCAUAUAUUAAAAAUACAAAAAUCAAAUGAGUUCUAUAUCUGAACAGCAACUUCAAGAGUUUCUUUUCGUUAUAAAAGAUGAUAAAGAGAUUGAAGAUGCUUCGGAAGACAUGCAAAUGGCAUAUUCAGCCAUUCGUGAUCACGGUCAGGAAAAACUCGUCACUUGGCUGAGUGAAAAAGAAUGUAUUAACCUCCAACCAGAACAGCUAUCGAAAAAACAUGUAGCUGUAUUUGAGCGCUUCAAUGGACCGGCAUAUGAUCACAUCCGGACAACAACUGCUUGUGUCGUUGGACCACGUUGUUUGAUAAGCUGUUUCAACGACGAUCAAACAAUUCCAUGCGGGAAACAGCCUGUACUAACUACUGCUAUGCGUAAUUUAACCGUGAGUACCUCUGGACUAAAGAUUGAGGAAAAGGCUCGACUUAGUCAGAUGGUUUUUCAAAUGGGCGGUUGUUAUCUAGAAAUUUUGACUGCUGCGUGCACCCAUCUGAUUGCAGCUACGGUCAAGUCUAUAAAAUACGAAAAAGCAGCUGAAAUAAAAAUGCGCAUCAUGCAUCCCAGUUGGGUGCAGGACGUUUGGGAACAGAGUCAGUGCAAAAUGAUCAACGCUACAGAUUCCACGUUCGACAAACAUAUACUUCCGGUCUUCUACUCCUUGACCCUCACGUCAACUGGUUUGACAACUCAGAAACGAAACCAGAUUAAGCAGCUGAUAGAGGAAAACGGUGGUCGCUAUAUUGGAGCGUUCAAAUCAGAGCACACCGAUAUUUUAAUUUUGGAGAAAAGUAGUGUCGGUUCUGCUAAGUUUCAAGCGGCAGUUCGUUGCAAAAAGGAAUGCUUGACGCCAUCGUGGGUUAUAGACAGCGUCCAAAAAGGAUACGCUCUCCCAAUUGCAAACUAUGAAGUGAGACGUAUCAAAGCAUCCACACCGACUAAGGAUGAUGCUGGGACAAUUUCAAGUAUGGAUUUCAACCCGGACUGUACCCAACUGUCGAUGAUCAGUCACCAAACCAGUCGAAAUUUAACCGUCAACGAGAGCAUAGCAAGUAUGGCCUCUAUGGCGCACACCGGCACGAGACCAACACGUUCAUCGGCGGUAAAGCUGCCGGAGAAAGAAGAAAUCCAACCAGCAAUGACAGACGUAAACCAAAGGCAUAACUAUCAUGAAAUUCUUGCGAAAAUUACUCUACCACAAGCCAAAAAGUCGGGCCCUUUUCUUGACGGGUGCAACAUCUAUUUGAGUGGAUUCACAGCAGAUGAAAAAGAUAAAUUGAACAAAAUCCUGAACACCGGUGGGGCGACACGGUAUGAUGAGAUAAGUGAUCGUGUCAGUCAUGUGAUAGUGGGCGAACAAAUUUCGGCAGAUUUCCGAGAAAUUCAUGAUCAGCAAAUAAGUCCGCAUAUUUUAACCAUCGAGUGGCUUCAAAAGUCUAUGGAAUUGCGAAUGCCCGCCCCGGAAGAUGACGAGCUGAUAUUUAGGCCAAACCUGAAGGACGUCGUGGUAGAAAAAGUACCGGAACCUCCCUCACCAGCAAGUAAGAAAAAUUUAGAAUCAAUGAACAGUACAUUUAAACGACCUGGAGCACCACCGAAAUUUCGUUUGGAUGAUGCUAAACCAGGUCCAAGUCGAGAAAACCGAAAGGAAGAUGACGUUUUACUGCAGUACAUGCAUAAAAAUACAUCUGUUCAGUUACCACCUGCGGAGACAAAGAAGACUCCUAGUGCAACAGCACCGACUGCCGAGUCUAUCACAUCUCAGAACUCGGAACUAGAUUCGCAGUACAGUGAUUUUAUGUCCACCAAAACACUGUUUGUGUACGGGUUUUCCGAGGAAGACGCAAUGCAGAUCGUAACCGAUUGCGAAAACUGCGGUGGCACUAUUGUGGAUGAAAACUAUACUGACGUAGCAGAUUAUAUUGUACUACCAACUAGCUGCAUUGGAGAGAUUGACUUUACCGUGCGUGGUCGGGAAACCGUCAAUUGUAUCUGGUUGGAGACUUGCAUUCAGGACGGCGUAUGUUAUCCCCUACAAUACUACUUCGAACCGAUAUUUUACGCUGAAGACGAUCCGAAACCUUUGGAGGGAGAAGUACUAGUUAUUAGCACCUACUCCGGAGCCGAGCGAAACUAUCUGAUCGCGUUAGGUGGAAUCUUGGGCGCCAAAGUUGAGGAUCGUCUUGUUCGUAAGUCUGCUCCGAUAGUAAUUUGUAAAGAAGCGGCAGGUGCCAAAUACGAAGCCGCUAUCAAAUGGGAACUCACCGCAGUCAAUGCUGACUGGUUGCGCGAGUGUCUCAAGCGUAAGCUCCGUGCCAACGAAGAACCCUAUUUGGUCGGUAAAUCCAUUUGUUCUUCUAAAAACGUCUUUCAUGAAACGGAAAGCAAUAAACGGCUUUCUGAUUUGCCUGAGUUCUCCAGAAACGCUUGUCUGCCGACAACUUCUACAGAUGAUGUGGAUAUUGAUUCGGUUUUUCUACCUCCACCCCCACCGCAAGCAGCAACGACAUCAGUGUCUAAAUCACCUGUAACUGCUGGUCCGGUUAAAGAGAACUAUCCCGAAAAUUACAAGUACAUAUCGGUGGACAAAACAAAAAGUUCAAAAGAAAUAGCAUACGAAUUCAAACGGUUAUCUUCACCAGAAUUGCGAAAAAUUUCCCACGAAGAGAGGCAGGUUUACUCUCAGGAAAUGGAGCAUUACGAAGACUUGGUCCAAACUCAGCGUGAUCAGCGCCAACCAUUCGACCCUGGGCAUUCGGUGGACUCCCCCCUGGUACUAAAACAUCGUCGGUUGUCCGCGCUUACUGGAGUAAAUUCACCUUCUACCCCGACAGCCUCUACGAGCACCAGCAUUUCGGAGUAUGAGCAACUCAGUGUAACGCAACGGGUGAUGGAAUUUGACACACCGGUUCGUGAAACGCUCUACAAGGUACUUAAAGAAGCCGAAGAAGCAGAAAAGAAAAUAACUCCCCGAACACGUCGUAGAAAUGAGUUGCUGGCUACACCUAGCACCGGACAACAUGGCCAUAUUAAAACGCCAACCCUGCCUGAGUGCAUGACCAAACCGGUCACACCGUACGGAUUUCGUCCGGAUGCUAGCCCGGAGAAUCAUCUCUACCAUAAACGGAAGCUCCAGGUAUGGGAUCAGUACUAUAGACCCAGGGAGCAGCAAGAACGUCGUAAGAGUACUCCUUUGAGUGAAAUCAAACGACGCUUUUGGCGGGAGAAUCUAGGUGACGAAUAUGUAGACUACAUCGAGUCCAAGUAUUCUUCCACACAGUUUCAACCCUUCCAGCAAGAUGACGAAGACGAAAAGCCCAAGAACCAUCAGGAGCAAUGUCAGCCGAGCACUUCGUCUAGUGGUAGCAGAGGGAAAGAAAUCACAGAAGAGGCACUUAACGAAAGUCGCAAGUCAGAGGAAAACAACAGAAGCGGUGAAAAGCGGUCCCGCGAAGAAUCCGAUGACGAUGAUGAUGAAAUUACAAAAAACCGCCCCGAUGGCAUACCAGCGGCCAAACGAAUGAACCUUGCAGAAUCGGAUAAUGUUAAGCGGUUAAGUGAUCUAAUCAAUUCGAACAAAAACGCCGCCAAGAAAACGAAGAAGUAUUACAAUGAACUAAAAGAACCGCAGUACUCUGAGCUGCCGAGAUUCGAUUCAGAGUUAGCAUCGGAAGAUGCACUUGGGGUCGGAUGGCGUGAUCCAACUGAGAAGGAAGAUGAUGGCAAUGCAAUGAUUUAUAAGGGUACUCCGGUAUUUGCAAUAUCCGGAGUGAGCGAUACACAGCGUUUGUCAGUGAUGGAGAAGGUAAAACAGCUAGGAGGUGAACUAUCAACCAAGCCGAAUGAAUACGAUCCAGCUUGUACACACAUUAUCUGUGGCAAACCAAACCGGGGGGAGAAGAUAUUGUCCGGAAUCGCAGCCGGCAAAUGGUUAUUAUGUUAUAAAUAUCUCGAUGAUUGUUGUACAGCUGGUCAAUUUCUGAAUGAAGAACAGUACGAGUGGGGUAAUCCUAAAGCUACAGAUUUGCCACAGUUGGAAGCAACGGAAAGACAGGUUUCAAAAGCAGCAUACAACUGGCGUUGUAAAAUCGUCCGGGAAGCUGGCAAACACGACGGCGUUUUCACCGGUUUCCGUGUUCUACUGAUGGCACCAAAAAAAGAGCAAUUUAUCCGGCUUCUAAAAUCGGGUGGCGGUGUUGUAAUUGAUACCAGCCCACCGUUUGUUCUUUCCGUAGACGCCAUGACUGCCACGCACUGUUUCGUGGACAAAAAGGUUCAGAUAAAUCCCCGCGAUCAUAGAGCGUUGGCUGAAGCCGGCAUAGCUGUAAUGUCGAUCAUGUAUCUUAAUGCAUACCUUACGUCGGAGACGUUGCCGGAUCCGGAUAAAUAUCGGUUGGAAAUCUAGGUAGUGGUAAGUAGCUGUAAAAGCUUCGGCUUUAACCUGUUAAAUUGAACAAACUUUUUUAGAUAACACUAAACAUACAAAUACAAUAAUAAAAUUGUGUUAACAAAAA